UGUGAUGCUUUCCUGGAGGCAAAGCAGGAGAGGGGGGCAAAGCAGGGUGAUGAAGAGUUACAGGGCUGCCACAGUGGCCUCAGCACCUUCUCUUCGAGACACAGUUUCCAGUAUGCUGCCUCUUUGUGCUGCAGCAGGAGGCUGCUCUGCUAGCUUUCCUGGAGUGAUUCACCCUGCCCUUCUGCACACCCCUGGUGCCAGCAGCUGAGCCUCUCUGUCAGUCUCUCUGGCCGCGUCCCAGGGUAGUGACUCCUCACCUCUGAGAACAGCAUACCUGGAUACCUGCUGACAGCUUCUACCCUCCGGCCUUCAGGAGUGCAAUGUCAGGGCACCACACUCCCUCUGCUGGGGGUCCCUUCUCAGCACUCACCCCCAGCAUUUGGCCGCAGGAGAUCCUGGCAAAGUAUACACAGAAAGAAGAAUCCAUCGAGCAGCAAGAAUUCCACUACGAUGAAUUUGGUUUCCGAGUUGAUAAGGAAGAUGGUGCUGAGCCAAACUCCAGCAAGCUUCUGGGGAUCCCACUGACAGAAGAGCCGCAGCAGAGGCUCAAGUGGCAAGCUCACCUGGAGUUCACACACAACCAUGACGUGGGCGACCUCACCUGGGACAAAAUUGAGGUCACCCUACCACAUUCAGACAAGCUGCGCUCGCUGGUGCUAGCUGGCAUCCCACACAGCAUGAGGCCGCAGCUAUGGAUGCGUCUGUCCGGGGCCUUGCAGAAGAAGAGAAAUUCAGAGAUGUCAUAUCGGGAUAUUGUAAAAAACAGCUCUAAUGAUGAGACCAUUGCUGCCAAACAGAUUGAGAAGGACUUGCUCCGCACGAUGCCCAGCAAUGCCUGCUUCUCCAACAUGAACAGUAUUGGAGUGCCACGUCUACGCAGGAUACUCCGGGGACUUGCCUGGCUCUAUCCAGAGAUAGGAUAUUGCCAAGGCACUGGCAUGGUAGCAGCUUCCCUGCUGCUCUUCUUGGAGGAAGAAGAUGCCUUCUGGAUGAUGUGUGCUAUCAUUGAGGAACUGGUUCCUGCCUCCUACUUCAGUACCACUCUGAUGGGGGUUCAGACAGAUCAGCGUGUCCUGCGGCAGCUCAUUGUGCAGUACUUGCCCCGCCUGGACAAGCUGCUCCAGGAGCAUGACAUCGAGCUGUCCCUGAUUACCUUGCACUGGUUCCUCACCUCUUUCGCUAGUGUUGUCCACAUCAAGCUGCUGCUGCGCAUUUGGGACCUGUUCUUCUACCAGGGUUCUCUGGUGCUGUUCCAGCUCACGUUGGGCAUGCUCAGUAUGAAGGAGGAUGAGCUAAUCCAGUCUGAGAACUCGGCCUCAAUCUUCAACACGCUUUCGGACAUCCCAAGUCAGAUAGAAGAUGCCGAUGUGCUGCUGCGGGAGGCCAUGCGCGUGGCUGGCUCACUAACAGAUGUGGCGGUGGAGACCCAGCGGCGCAAACACUUGGCCUACCUCAUUGCUGAUCAAGGGCAGCUGCUCAACUCCAGCACCACUGUCAACAGUUUAUCCAAGGUUGUGCGACGCAGGACUCAGCGCAGGAAAUCUGGCAUCACCUCUCUGCUUUUCGAUACCUUGCACUUGUCUUCCUCUCCUCUCCUCCCCUCCCUUCUGGCUAUGUGGGCUUCCCCAGGGGAUGAUGACCUGGAGGCGCUGAAGGCGAAGAACAUCAAGCAGACGGAACUGGUGGCUGACCUGCGUGAGGCUAUUCUCCAGGUGGCACGGCACUUCCAGUGUGUGGAUCCCAAGAACUGCAGCAUUGAUCUAACUCCAGACUACAGCAUGGAAAGCCACCAGCGGGACCAUGAGAACUAUGUGGCCUGUUCCCGCAACCGCCGGCGUCGAGCAAAGGCGCUUCUGGACUUUGAGCGCCAUGAUGAUGAUGAGCUGGGCUUCCGCAAGAACGACAUCAUCACGAUUGUCUCCCAGAAGGAUGAGCACUGUUGGGUGGGGGAGCUGAAUGGACUGAGAGGUUGGUUUCCUGCAAAGUUUGUGGAGAUCUUGGAUGAGCGGAGCAAAGAGUACUCCAUUGCUGGAGAUGACUCUGUCACAGAAGGGGUGACGGACUUGGUGCGAGGGACGCUCUGUCCAGCCUUGAAGUCCAUUUUUGAACAUGGAUUGAAGAAGCCAUCUCUGCUGGGGGGGGCCUGCCAUCCCUGGCUGUUCAUUGAAGAGGCUGCAAGCCGGGAAGUGGAACGGGACUUUGAUUCAGUGUAUUCUCGCCUCGUGCUCUGCAAGACUUACAGGCUCGAUGAAGAUGGCAAAGUCCUCACUCCAGAGGAGCUGCUUUACCGGGCAGUUCAGGCUGUGAACAUGACGCACGACGCUGCACACGCACAGAUGGACGUGAAGCUUCGUUCCCUCAUUUGUGUCGGACUCAAUGAGCAGGUGCUGCAUUUGUGGCUGGAGGUGCUGUGCUCGAGCCUACAGACCGUGGAGAAGUGGUUCCAUCCCUGGUCCUUCCUACGCAGUCCUGGCUGGGUGCAGAUCAAGUGUGAGCUGAGAGUCCUCUGCAAAUUUGCCUUCAGUCUCUCUCAGGACUGGGAGCUGCCUAUAAAGAGGGAGGAGAAGGAGAAGAAGCCACUGAAGGAAGGGGUGCAGGACAUGCUGGUGAAGCACCAUCUCUUCAGCUGGGACAUAGAUGGGUGACCCCCGCUCCACCCCACCCUGGGGAACCU